AUGCCGGAAGCCAGAGGGCUGCCCAUCUUCGGGACCAUCUUCUCCCUGGCCGCCUCCGGGUGGGCCGGCCGACUACACGAGUACGUCGACGAGCGGCACAAGGAACUCGGCCCCGUCUUCAGGGACCGCAUCGGCCCGGUCCGGGCCGUCUUCGUCAACUCCCCCAAAGAGUUCCUCAGGAUCUACCGACUGGAGGGACCGACGCCCAGGCACUUCCUCCCGGAGGCUUGGGUCCUCUACAACGACGUCCGACGACUGCGUCGCGGGUUGCUCUUCAUGGACGGCGAGGAAUGGCUGCACUUCCGUAAGAUCUUGAACAAACUGAUGCUCAGAACUAGCCCUAUGUCUUACAUGGUCGACCCCUGCGAGGAGGCCGCAAAAGGACUCGCAUCAAGGUGGAGGCUUUACGCCGAUAAUGAAAAAUCCGUUCCUGAACUGAACGCGGAACUUUAUCACUGGUCCAUCGAGGCCAUGCUGGCCACGCUUCUUGGUCCCCUGUGGCACCAGGAAGGCGCCUACGUCAUGAAGGAAGCCGGGAACCUGCCGAAGUGUCUUCACAAAAUUUUCGAGUACUCGGCACAGCUCUCCUUGUUGCCGGCGCAACUCGCGAUGAGACUGAGACUUCCGGCGUGGCGGAAAUUCGUAAACGCGGCGGACGAAGCCUUGGGAAUCGUCCGAGCUCUGGUCCCGAUAAUGGCCCGACACAACGCGGAGGGAGGCCUCCUGAAGAUGAUGAUGGACGAGGGGAUUCGGGGCGACGACCUCGUCAGAAUCGUGGCCGACCUCGUCCUCGCAGCGGGAGAUACGACUGCGUAUUCCAUGCAAUGGGCGCUAUUCCUGCUGGGAAGCCAUCCAGAGAUCCAGGAAAGACUUUACGGUCGUAUCAAAGGACUCAAAGGAGAACGAUUGCUUCAAGACUCCUUCCUUAAGGGGGUCCUCAAAGAGACACUUAGGUUAUACCCUACGGCUCCAUUUCUGACGAGAUACUUGGCAGAGGACAACUUCAUCGGGGGCUACAGCGUUUCCAAGGAGGACCUGAUACUGAUGUCGCUCUACUCCAGCGGCCGGGACUCGUCAAAUUUCGUGGAGCCCGAUGCGUUCCACCCCGAAAGAUGGAUCAGGACCGAGAAGGGAAACUACGACUACAUGCCAAAUCCUCACGCCAGUCUUCCCUUCGCCCUUGGCGUCAGAAGCUGCGUCGGGAGAAAACUAGCCCAGACUCAAAUGAUGCUCGCCAUAGCAAAGCUCGUAGAAACGUUCAGGAUAACCUGCACCAACCAGGACCGGGUCAGGAUGAUCCUCCACCUCAUCUCCGUGCCCUCGGAACCCAUCCAGUUGAGUCUGACCCGAAGAUGACCCACGUAUGAAGAAGCCUUGAAGAAGAGACGUUUCCGCCUGCCCGUUGGGGCUUAAAAUGGCCAUUUAUUAAAAUUCUUGACCAGAAGUUAAUCGUUACUUCCUAGAGUCGAUUAUGCCUCCGA